GAACAAGGCGAGUGGUGUUGUCACCUCUUUUCUUUGAAUUUCCACCAACCCUUCCACUCUGUUUUUGAGUUUGACUCUCACAACAGAAAAAAAAACAAGAACCAUGGUGGACCAUUUCAUUGUUUGCAUUGAUCGUAUAAUACCUUCCACCUCUUGUUUACCAUCACCGCCGCACCAUGAUCAUGUCCCUCCCUUCAUUCAACUUGGUCCAGAACAAGAACAAGCCUGCUCCUCCUCCAAUUCUUCCUCUUCAAAUUACAAGCGUCACGAUGAUGAUGAUGAUGAUGAUGUGGUUGUGGAGUGUAGAAUAUGUCAAGAGGAAGAUCAAAUCCAUUCCAUGGAGGCCCCUUGUUCCUGUAAUGGCACUCUCAAGUUUGCUCAUAGGAAGUGCAUCCAAAAAUGGUGCAACAAGAAAGGAAAUACAAUAUGUGAAAUCUGCAAUCAGAUAUUUUCACCAAACUAUUCUCUUCCAAUAGUCAGAAGCAACGACAUUAUAGCAAUUGAUCUAAGGCAAGAAUGGGAGCGUAAUACAGAUCUUCGUGUUGCUCUAACAUCAGCGGAGAACCAUUUAAUGCAAAGAGAAUAUGAAGAAUAUGCUAUCACACAAACCAGUAGCAUCGCUUGCGUCCGCUGUGCCACUCUCAUUUUGCUGAUAGUCUUGCUUGUACGCCAAGCCUUAAUGGUUACAACGAACUCUGCAACCAGGCGCGAUUCAUCAAGAAUGUUUGAUUUUGAGAUGUCACUUCUUCAAUUUGCCAGCAUUCUUUUGCCGUGUUGCGCAAUGGCACGUUCCUGGUAUCUCAUACAGAACAGAAGAAGACAGGGUUAAGCAAGGGAAGAGUACACAUGCUGAUAAUUUCCUUUUCGUUUUUUCGGUCAACAUUUUCCUUGGUUAUCAGAGAAAAAUUGUAGAAGUUACAUACAGAAGCUACAUGGCUUUUUGUAUGUCAAAUGUAUUGAAUUUGUACAUUGUGUUAGCUGAUAAAAAAAAUAAAUAAAAAUGUGAUGGGAAUGGGAAAUGAGCAAAUAGCUAAUUUCAGUGUGGCAUUUAAGCCAUGGAGCAACCUUACCUGAUUGCUGAAUCUUUGAACUUUAGUUAUAACAAUUGUUGUUCUUGAUGGCAAUGCCAGAGGGGAUCACCCAGGGUGGCCUUCUCUUCAU